AUGAGCAAAAGAAAGGUCGAGCUCAUGUCCGACGCUGUGGACUCACAUGAGAUCUCCGUGCUCCAUGAGCUUCAUGGGGAAGGCGAAACAACAGGUCCAGAAAGCCAAUUCCCCGAGACCCAAGUACCACGCAGAAAGAGGAAGAAGAGCAAGAAGAAGAAGAGAUCCUCUGAAGCCACUCAGACAAGUGAGAAUAGCCAACUUGGCCUUUCACAGAUCAUGGACCUCCAGCAGCCGAACCAGAGCAACUCGCUCACCGAUGAGGAGUUUUCGCCGGACAUGUUCCAUCGUCUCACUACCAUCACCCCCCUCAAUGGUCCUCACGCAAAUCCCAACCGGCGAAUCCCUCCUUCUCCAAUCCCGUUCAAACACAACGACUACCUGUGCAACCUGUCGAUCUCGGAAGCAGAUGUCAUUGCGAUGCAACUCUUCCAGGGCACGUACCGGCUCGAAAUCAGCGAACUCCCCCACCAAGAAUGUCGGAUGACGCUAAUCUGGGACUACGACCGUCUCUGGGGCUGCUUCGACAUUGGCGUGUGGAAGGGCCUGAUGCUCAUCGACCCGGGGCCGCGGGAUAACACCAUGACCACAUACUCCUUUGCGUGGCGAGGCGUCUGCGAAAACGAGCCCGAGGUGGCAUACGACAACGAGGGUGUCACAAUCGGUGAGAUCACCAUAGGUGGGAAGGGUCCUAUGUCCGGCUGUUUCAGAGGGAUGGCCGUCGCGGAUUUCCCCGACGACAAGUGCGACUUCAAGGCUGUGCGGGAAGUAGGGCCGCCUAUGGUCCUGUGGCCUGUUGAGACUUUCGUCGCGGACUGGGAUUAUCUUCAGCAUGAUAGAGCGAAAGAGCCUGAGUCGCAGCGCCUGGUUCUGCUUGCGCUGUCUCCUGAGCCGGAGUCGCAGGUCGUGAAUGACGAGGCUAUGCAGAUGGACUGCGAACAGGAUGAGGAUGAGGAAGACCAGGACCAGGACGAGGCCACUACGGAAGUACAUCCCUCCUCUCCUGUCCGUCAACCAGCCGAGACACCACACACUUCCCCUCCGCCAGACGAGCCCACCCAGCAAUCUCAACCGGCCCCCAGCACCAUCAGCCGACUCCACGCAACCUCCUUCACAAUGCAGCGUUCCUGGGCCCGCCACGACCAGGACAAGUUCCUCGAUGUCGUCUGCGGCAGUUACGAGGUCUCCAGCCAAACCAUGAAACACAACUGGUCGCGCAAAGCCAGCAAACUCAGGAUGCGCCUUCUCGUCGAUCGCAGGGAGAGCUGCGUCUGGGGCAUGUUCGCCAUGGGCGUCUACCGCGGCAUCAUGCUCUUCCAGGAGUCACCCAUUCGCUUCCAAAAGGACAAGCGGCUGAAGUUCUGCUGGCGGGGUAGGGAGACGGAUGGCCGUGACUGCGCGGAGAAGCUGGGGUAUCUUUUGUUCGCCGAGGAUAUGAGUAUCCAGGGGUGCUUUUAUGAUAUGUAUGGCGAUGUGCCGUUUGCCGGAAGACGGAGGAUACGUCCGGCUGUUGAAUCGCGGUUUGAUGAGGCGUUCUUCAAACAGCAGUGGUGGGAGCAUGAACCGGUUCCGCCCACUCUGCUUCGCCAGGUUCAGGGUCAGGGUCAGGCUGCGACUCAGGUUCAGAUUCAGGCGCAACCAGAGACCCAGUAA